UUUAUCUGGAUAAAGAAAAUGAAGUUUAUAUUUGGGGUUCUGCUUUUUGCCUUCGCGGUUUUUUUUAAUUCAAUUGAAAAGAGUUUACAGUCUGGAAAAGAACCACCGUUUCCUUUAAAAAGUAAAUGGCGAAUGUCAAUUGGAUUCAAAGGAUUCCCAAAACGUCCAGGAUCUUCAGGGCCAGAAAGAAAUAAUGAAAAUUCUCUUCAAAAUCGUUCAAGAGGUCCUAUAAGACAUGAAAAUCUUUCAUUAGAAAGAGAAAAUAAAAAUAUUUCUGAAGAAAGUCAGCAUCCUGCAAUGCUUCGAUCCCAAUUUCCGAAAGUUCAGACAAGUCCAAAAAAUCAACCACAAGCAGGAGAAAAUAAAAAUCAUUUUGAAGAAUAUACAAAUCCUCCUCAAAAAUAUCAACAUCCUGUAAAACCUUUUUCUAAAUCAAAGUGUUCUUCAAAACCAAAACAUCCUCCAAGAGAUCCUGGUGAUCCUGAUGAUCCUGGAGUCGUGUUCUGGUUACCUCCUUACAAUUGAGAAAACAAGAGACAUAGACAAUUU